CCCCCCCCCCAUUUCCCUGCCUUGAAACACAGCGGAGUAAAAUAAUGCGUUUUUCUUUCACAUUUUACAGAAUCUAAGCAGACAUAUAGCUCUGACACAUUUCCUCCGAGGCGAGAAGAGGAGAGAGAAAGACUUCUAUCAGCAGAUUUGAAGAAGCAAAAACAGCAGCUCCUCUGCACUUCUGAUUUUUUAAAAGGGUUUUCUGGGUCGAUUAAUUUGAGGAUCAAACUGAGGCUGAUUGCUGAUUUUGGAGGUAUUACUGCUUCCAGCUUAGAGAGAGACUGAAGUUUGAAGACAAAGCUGUAGUGGGUUGCUGAUUCCUUCAAGCAAGCAUCUUCUGGUAACGGGAGAGAGAAAGUGAAAGGAGUUCGAGAGGUUUGAAGAUCAAGCUAUAUGGGUUGCUUUCUGGAGAAAAGGACAAAUUCUAGUUCCUGAGGCUUAAAGAAACAGAAGAUAAGGGAAGAGAGAAAUGGAGGGCUUUGGCCUUGAAUGUUGAGGAAAGUCAAAGCAAUUUGAGUUGGUGCAGCUCUCUUCAUCAAUCCGAUCCUUGCCAUAUAGAAAUCAUGGUGGAAGAUAAAGGAAAAGAAGUUAUACAAGAUAUUCAGACAGUCGAAGACUGGUUAUCAUAUGCGCAAGAGCUUGUUCCCUUGGCACUUGACAAGGCCAAGACUGUGAAGGGGUUUCCUGGUAGAUGGAAGAUGAUCAUUUCCAAGUUGGAGCAGAUCCCUUCGCAUUUAUCUGAUUUAUCCAGUCACCCUUGUUUCUCCAAGAAUUCACUUUGCAAAGAACAAUUGCAGGCUGUGUCAAAGGCGCUGAAAGAAGCAAUUGAAUUGGCAGAUUUAUGUGACAGUGAGAAAUAUGAAGGUAAACUUAGGAUGCAGAGUGAUCUCGAUUCUUUAUCCGGGAAAUUGGAUUUGAAUUUACGAGAUUGUGGGCUUCUGAUCAAGACUGGGGUGCUUGGUGAAACUACUCUGCCUUCAGCUGUGGCCGGUUCGUCAACAGAGCCUGAGGCUGCCAUUCAUGGCAAUAUAAGGGAAUUGCUUGCUCGGCUUCAGAUCGGGCACUUGGAAGCAAAGCACAAAGCUCUUGACAGCCUCGUUGAGGUCAUGAAAGAGGAUGAGAAGACUGUUUUGGCUGUUUUGGGCAGGAGCAAUGUUGGUGCUCUAAUCCAGCUAUUAACAGCAACCUCUCCUCGAAUCCGGGAAAAGACUGUUACUGUAAUCUGCUCACUUGCAGAAUCUGGGAGUUGUGAGAAUUGGCUUGUUUCUGAAGGUGUUCUGCCACCUCUGAUAAGGCUUGUGGAGUCAGGUAGCACAGUGGGCAGAGAGAAGGCUACGAUCUCGCUCCAGAGAUUGUCCAUGACAUCAGAAACAGCCAGGGCAAUUGUUGGACAUGGCGGGGUUCGACCACUGAUUGAAAUUUGUCGAAUUGGUGAUUCAGUAUCACAGGCUGCAGCUGCUUGUACUUUGAAGAACAUAUCUGCUGUACCUGAGGUUAGACAAAAUCUAGCUGAAGAAGGGAUUGUAAAAGUCAUGAUCAAUCUCCUUGAUUGUGGAAUUCUACUAGGAUCUAAAGAAUAUGCUGCAGAAUGCUUGCAGAAUCUCACUGCUAGCAAUGACAAUUUAAGGAGGAUUGUUAUUUCAGAAGGAGGAAUCCAAAGGCUAUUGGCAUAUCUAGAUGGUCCAUUGCCCCAAGAAUCUGCAGUUGCAGCAGUAAGGAAUUUGGUAAGCUCAGUCUCUAUGGAAAUGUUGGUAUCUCUUGGCUUCCUUCCUUGCUUGGUUCAUGUCCUUAAAUCUGGAUCGGUAGGCGCACAACAAGCCGCUGCAUCUGCAAUAUGUCGAGUUUGCAGCUCAUCGGAGAUGAAAAAAUUGGUAGGUGAAGCUGGAUGCAUUCCUCUGCUCAUCAAAUUGCUUGAGGCCAAAUCAAACAGCGUUAGGGAGGUUUCUACACAAGCAAUUUCAAGUUUGAUGACACUUUCACAGAAUUGCAGAGAAGUUAAAAAGGAUGAUAAAAGUGUGCCAAAUCUGGUUCAGUUGCUUGACCCAAGUCCACAAAACACUGCAAAAAAGUACGCUGUGUCCUGCCUAGCAUCUCUUUCUUCAAGCAGGAAAUGUAAGAAAUUGAUGAUUUCCUACGGCGCAAUUGGUUACCUGAAGAAGCUAAGUGAGAUGGACAUCCCAGGUGCUAAGAAGCUGCUCGAGCGGUUAGAAAGAGGGAAAUUAAGAAGUUUGUUCAGCAGAAAAUAGAUGAUAAAUUGUACCCUUCUUUUGUGUAUGAUAACGUUUUUACAUGUAAGCUCUGUUUCAUUAUCUGCAUGAAACAAUAGCCUAUUAUGAACUCUGCUAAUCUUUGCAAUCAAUCUUAUAUUUAUAUAAAUAUACAAGCUUUCUCCUCUA